UCAUUUAGUCGCUUUAUUCGCACUACGAAUGUUGCAAAUUUCUUUAUACAAGGUUCUGCUCGUAAGCUUUUUCGCUAUCGAAGUCGUGGUGAAUGUUUAUAUCCGAACAUUCUGUCAAAAAUUCAUACAGAAUUUCUUCAGGGUCACCUUCAGCACCAUGGAUUUUUCUGGAUACACUUAGUGUUCACGCACCAGGAAACUUUGACCAGCCCAAGCUCGAUAGAUAUUCAGCUAUUCCUUUAUGCCUUCGCCUUAACGAUAGGCUGAUUCUUUCCUUAAAAAACAAGACCUUGAGAUGGACCAUCACAAACAGAUUUGAACUCCCUCCGGGGCUACUACAUCUUCCAGUUAUUUCUAGACACAGUUGGAGUCAGUUCUACACCAGUCCUAUGCAGUACUCUGCUAGGCGCCUAUGGUAUAGAUGGAUUUUCGACAAGAUAUCCAGCAAAACCAAUCUUUGAUGUAUAAUUCCACAGCAAGUGUCAGACGGCUUUUGCCAGUGCUGUCAUAUAUCCGAGACAACAGGGCAUAUGCAGUUUAUCUGUGAGCCUGCAACAUGGCCAAGAAAUUUUUAUGAAAGCUGUAGAGUUCUUCUGCACUGCCUUUCUAAGGCUAUACUCUGUUUUGCU